CUCAUCCCCAUAGCUUUGGUGCAAUAAAUAGCUGGGGGCGGGAUAUUUUGCCUUAGGAGACUUUGGCUCCAGGGAUCUGAAUCCCCAGCACUGGAGACAGUAGCGAGAGUCCAGGAGCUUCAGUGAGAAUAAAAAUGGAAGUGCAUGAACCACCAGGACCUGGACCAGGCGAGCGAUUGGAUGCAGGAAGAGGCAAACCCCACAUCUGCCAAAUAGGAGCCACCAGGGAGUUUCUGACGGGGACUGCUCCACAGCCCGUUAAGCAAGAACCGAAUGAGCAGGGCUGGGAAGGCCAGUGGCCAGGAUUCAUGGAGACCCUGCCGGCCCCUCAGUCCCAAAGGAAAACUCAACGGCUGCUUGAGCCCACCUCAGGAGAGGGUGCUGAGGGAUUCCAGGUCUCCUUUGAAGGAGCUGAGGGCAGCCUGGAGCACAGAGGAGGGGACAUGUCUAGCACCCGGCUAGGCCUCAGCCGAGAGAGCCUAGAUUCUUCAGUGAAAGUGAAGGAAGAGAUUCUGGAGGACGAGGACACUGUCAGCAGCUACUUCAAGGAAUUCACUGGCCAAAGAGCCAUGGAGGCCCCAGAGAUGCCACCAGGAUCCGUUGAAGACGUGGCAGCUGAUUACUCCAAGUUAAUCUCAAAUCCUGUGAAGGGCCAAAUUCCUCUGGAAGUCAAGGAGGAGGGUUGCGGAGAGGCCAGCUUGCUGGUAGGCCAAGAGUGGGAGAGCGUAAAGGAGGCUUUUCCACUUAAGCAAAUUGACACCAGUGGAAUAUCCUUGGAAACAGCUAAAGGGGUGUUUUUCCUGGGUGACGAGGUGGACGAGAUGCCUGCAGUUCAAGAAUCCAAGCAGGAGUACCGUCAGUGGACAAUGCCAGAAUACAGGUUACUUUGUGAGGAAGGUAACAGUGACUCAUGCAAAGGAAGUUUCCAAGAUAAAUUCUUGAGGCAUGAGGCAAUACAGAUGGACUCAGAGUGUGGAAAGAACUUCUGUCAGGACGUUGACCUAACUAAGAAUCAGAAAAUGCUGUACACAUGCACAUUCUGUGGGAAAAUUGCUAACAGGAGAGCAGACCUUCUUGUCCACGAGAGAACCCACACUGGAGAAAAACCAUACAAGUGCUCUGAGUGUGGGAAAAGCUUCAAUACCACGUCUUACCUCACAAAACACAAAAGAAUACACACGGGAGAGAAACCGUAUAAAUGUUCAGAGUGCGGGCAAAGCUUCUGUCAGAAAGGGAAUCUGGUUUCACAUGUCAGAAUCCACACGGGGGAGAAACCAUAUAAGUGUGGGGAGUGCGGACAAAGCUUCAGUCAAAGGAAAAUCCUUGGUAAACACCAGAGGAUUCACACGGGAGAGAAACCGUAUAAGUGUUUAGAAUGCGGGCAAAGCUUCAGUCAGGCAUCACAUCUCCUUACGCACAGAAGGACCCACACAGGAGAAAAACCUCAUAAAUGCUCAGACUGUGGGAAAAGCUUUAAUCAGAAAGGAGACCUUGUUAUCCACAAGAGAAAGCACACUGGGCAAAAGCCAUAUGAAUGCUCUGAGUGUGGGAAAAGCUUUAGCACAGGCUAUCAGUUCAUAAACCAUAAAAGGUUACAUACAGGGGAGAAACCCUAUACUUGCUCAGAAUGUGGACAGAGCUUUAAUUGGAAGUCAAACCUUAUUACACACAGGAGAAUCCAUACUGGUGAGAAGCCAUAUGUGUGCUCCAUCUGUAGGAAAAGUUUCAGCGAUAAAUCCUCCCUCACUAAACACCUGAGAACCCACACAGGGGAGAAACCCUACAAAUGCUCUGAUUGUGGGCAAAGUUUCAAUUUGAAAUCAAACCUUAUCACACACCAGAGAACCCAUACUGGAGAGAAACCGUAUUCGUGCCCUGAGUGUGGGAAAAGCUUAAGUCACAGAUCCUCCCUGACGAAGCACAUAAGGACCCACACAGGAGAAAAGCCUUAUGAGUGCUAUGAAUGCGGGAAAAGCUUUAUUUCUAGCUCUGACUGUAAGAAACACGAAAGGGUACACACACGAGAGAAACCAUACAAACGCGGGAGGAAAUGUCCACUAUUCCCUCUGUUUCCGUAGCAGAAAAUCUACAUGUGAACCUUUAGGAUGUCUGUGAAGAAGAGUUUGGAGUGAAAGCUUCAUAAAUUUAGACUGUGUGAAUAGUUUAUGCUGGAGAUCAAUGGCUACUAGAUUAAAAAAAAGUGAAACUAUACAGGGGUUUUUUUUAUCUCUAGGCAACAUUCCAUUAAUUGCACAUGGAAAGCAGACCUCAUAGAUAGAUUCUUGAAAUUCCUUGAUAGAAAUUAAGUCAUUGCUAGAUUCCACCAUAUUAAUAUUUAGUUUAGUUGCUGAAAUUCAUUGGAGACAGAGCAUUAACCUCACUCUCCAACAGCCAGAAGAUUAUCCAAAACUCAGCAGGGAGGAUAGGGACAAAACCAGAACUAUCAUGGGCUCUGGCUCCACCUACUGUUGGCCUCCUUGCCUUCCCGCUACCAGUCACAGUGGGCACCGUUCUCCACUGCUGAACAUAUGGGUGCUGAACUAAUGUUCCAACGUUUUAUCUUGCUCUAGAGAAAUCUGAUGGACUCUGGGCCCGAGCAUCCAAAAGGUUGGUGUUGGCCCCUUAGAAGAUCCAAAUAUUUAUUCACCUAUUUUGGAGCGCUGGUGCCUACAAACAAGAGAAGCAAAAUAGCUGCUGCUAAACAAAAAACACCCGGAAAUAUUGUGUGCAGCUAGUAAAAUUUGUAUUGCAUUGGGGUGAUUUUGAUAUUAGUUUGUUUGUUGGUUUCUCCCUCUCUCUUUUUAAAGGUUUUCAAUAUACCUGUUCUGUAUAGUUUUCUUUUCAGCCAUUGUUAGCCUCUGUCUGGAGUUGGAUGACUGGAAGUUUUGAGUGUGUCAAUUCAUACACACUUCAGACUCCAGUGAUGCUAAAUGUAGUUGAUGCACAUGCAAUGGCUGAAAGAAUUGUGUGCAAAGAGUUUUCUUAUUAAAUUCUAGAUCUUCCCCCAA